GCGGGGCGGCGCUGUCCGGCCCUUCCGGCCGCGCUCUGGCCACGCCCCCUCGCCCCUCGCGCGGUCCGGUCCUCGGCAUGGUGGCGGUUCUCUGCAGGCGGUGCCUCCCUCGGGCGUGGCUCUGCAGGAGAGCCGGGCAGGGCUGCGGCCGGCACUACCGCGCCGCGAUUUGCGCAGUGUUGAAGAAGCCCCUGACCAUUGAAGAGGUGGCCCCCCGCUCCGUCGGGCCUCAAGAGGUCAGAGUUGAUAUCCAUUUCUGUGGCGUUAACUUUGCUGAUAUUUUGGUCUGCCGAGGUCAAUAUCAGGAAAAGCCCCAUCUUCCCUUCACACCGGGACUCGAGUUUUCUGGGACAGUAUUGGAGACAGGCACAGAUGUCAGCACAGUUAAAGAGGGAGAUAGAGUUAUUGGCAUGAGAAACUUUAAUUGUAUGGCUGAAGAAUGCAUCAUUGAUCAGAAGAACCUGUGGCAGAUCCCAGAAAAGAUCUCCCUACAAGAAGCUGCUGUCCUCCCUAUAUCCUAUGGUACUGCGAUUUUUGCCCUCGAGCAUCGGGCCCAUACACAGCCUGGAGAAGUUGUUUUAGUGACAGCAGCAGCUGGAACAACAGGCCUUGCAGUGAUAGAUGUGGCAACAAAUGUUCUUCAGGCCAAGGUAAUAGCUGCUGCUGGAAGUGAUGAAAAGUGCAAGCUGGUGCUGCAGAGGGGUGCGCAGUCCAGUGUGAACUACAGUCAGGGCAGCCUGAAGGAUGCAGUGAGGAAGCUGGUGGGCAAGGGCGGGGUGAAUGUGGCCAUCGACAUGGUGGGAGGAGACGUCUUCCUGGAGGCUCUCCGCAGCCUGGCAUGGGAGGGCAGGAUUGUGGUGGUGGGAUUUGCUGGAGGAAACAUCGCUUCUGUGCCAGCCAACCUUCUACUCCUGAAGAAUGUCUCUGCCAUGGGCCUGCUCUAUGGUCAAUACAAAGAAACAAAGUUUCCUGUCUUCUCCAAGAGCCUGUCUUCAUUGCUUCAGUACUGCCAGCAAGGGCGCAUACAACCAUAUGUCGGAAUGGUUUUCAAGCUGGAGGAGGUCAAUGAUGCCUUCCUUCAUGUGAUACAGGGGAAAUCCAUGGGCAAGGUGCUUCUCGCUCUUAAAUAAAUCCUCACCUCAGCAGCAAAGUUAACAUGUCCAGAUCAAAACUCAACAUCUUUCCCAGAAACCUGAUUUCCCUUCUGUGUUUCCAAAGGUGUUACCACUUUCCUUACUAAUCCAGGUUUAAAAUCUUAGAGUUAGCUUUGAUUCUGUUUACUAAUUGCUCCUAAUUAAUAUGGUUAUAUAAUUUAUUGUCCAAACUUGGAUCUUUUUGAGAGUGAAAGGAUGCCAUUAGUCCUUACAUCAGGAAAACAUACCCCAGGCAAACCAGAAGGUAUGGUCAGCCUACUUGAUGCUUUAUGAAAUGCGUUAUGAAAUCACUAUUGCCAAGUUCUGUCAUUCCCAUCUCUGAGAUAUCUCUCACAUCCAUAUCCUCUUUUCCAUUCUAUUUAUGCCUCAUUUGCUGUCACCAGUGACCUUCUCACUGCUUUUCCUACCUUUAAACUACUCUCACCACUUCCAUCCUUGUGAUGCAUUAUUGCCAUGGUGAUCUUCCUGAAGCAUAACUCUAUGUCCCAUUUCAAAAACCUACAGUGGCUCACCAUUGCCUGAUGGUGGAGUUCAGACUCUUUGAGCUAGCAUUUCAUUGUGACCAUGACUUUUCCCUGCACCACUUUGCAGCCUUAUGGCCCACAGUUCCACUGGGCCCGAAGUAUGUACUGAAUUUUCUGCCUCUCUUAUUUUGCUCUGCUUGUGCAAUUUUUUCUGCCCUCCAUUUCUGUCAAACAUAAACCUUCCUGACCUCUAACACCUACCCCUGUCAUGUGCCUUUACCAUCAGACAAGGGGUAAUCUGUUCUCUUCCUCUUGUACCUUCCUGUAGCUUCUCCCCCAGGAGUUGUCACAUUCGGCCUUGAUUCAUAAGGAACAACAUGUGUAGUGGAAUGAAUACAGGCCUCCGAAUCCAAGAUGUAAGUUUAAAUCCCAGCUUUGGAGGUGGUUACUUAAGGUCUCAGUGCCUUCAUUUUUCUUCCUAUAUAAAGUGGCUAUUACAAUAUUUACCUCGCAGAGUCAUUGGGAGCUAUACAUGCAGUGAUUGGGUAAAGCACCUGGCACACGGCAAGCAAUUAGCAAAUGCUGGUUACUUCUACUGUUUUCCCUUCCAGCUAUUCAGGAGGCUGAGGCAGGAGAAUCACUUGAGCCCAGGAGGCAGAGGUUACAGUGAGCCGAGAUUGUGCCACUGCACCCCAGCCUGGGCAAUAAGAGUGAAACUCUGUCUCAUUAAAAAGAAAAAAAAAGAAUUUUAGAUAAGGGAUCCUCAAUGUGCAACAUAUGGAAUGGCAGUUGCAAGCUGGGGAGGAGAGAAUGGAGAGUUAUUAUUUAAUGAUACAAUGUUUCCAUUCAGGAAGAUGGAAAGUUUUGGUGGUGUGUGGUGAUUAUGAUUGUGCAGCAAUGAGAAGGUACUUAACACUGCUUAGCUGUACACUUAAAAAUGGUAAAAAUGAUAAAUUUUAUGUAUGUCUUAUAGCAAUAAAAAAUGUUAAAAAA